GUCGUGCAUCUUAUCGUGUUUUCUAAUGAAAUACGUUUAUUAUUUUCGCAAUUACAUAGUAAAUAUCGAUCUUGUCAUUAUUUUAAUGUGGGAUACUUAGUAUUUGUCUAUUACAUGUGCGUUAAAGUGCGACAGUGUGCCGUGUUUUUAUGUGCUACGUUUGACUGGAAUCGCGAGAUGUCGUUUCACUUUGAGGACUUAUUAUCGCAUUUUUUGUAAACACCUGGCAUAAUCUGUAUAGGGUGGAAGAGUUAAAAAUGACACUAAUAGAAGGUGUGGGUGAUGAAGUGGUGCAGUUUAUGGUGGCGGUGGUGGUAAUACUGGUGGGCACCCUGGCAUGGUUGUCUACCAAUGCUCGGCCAGACCGAUACCGCACUGUAUUGGUCAUGAGAUCACGACCUCACCACCCGGUGACUGUUAGCAUACGUACUAGGCCAAGCUUGAUGACAUCAAGUACUCAGGUCACCAGUGUAAAUACGACUACUGCCACUGAUCCACCUGCACCGAGCGCAGCGGGUACUUCAGCCCCCGAGGAACCCAGGGAACCCCAAGUGAUACCGCUUCAGGAGAUGGACAGCAUCGUCGACGCGGAUGUCGCCAUGUUGGAUAAUAACAGGCUUCACUUCUACAGAAGGAUCGAUUCGCCUAACCCAACACAGAACACAGAUUCUACGAGCGACGAGAGUGAACCGGCUGAUGACCUGGAUCUUUCCAGCAACGCACAAAUUGAAGAAAUGAACAGGAUCGUCAGCGCAAUGGAGGCAGACGUGAACACCAGCAGGGACUGGUACUCGCAAGAACCCAAUACCGCAUCAAAUGCCGUCAGCUCGCCUGUCAAAAGCGAAGAUAAUAGUGUGAAACCGGACGCAGCCACUCCUGACGUCACAGGCGACCCUGGUGAACCUAGCGGGGAGGAUACUAGGAAGAUACUGAUAAGGUUGAAAUACCUGAACGACACGCUUAAAGAAGUUGAAGGCAGUUUGGAUGAACUACUUAAGGAUUUUAAAACGCGUCACUUCUCCACGGAGCUGUCGUCGGAGUGCCGCGUGCGGUUGAUAUUCAACGGGCGCGUGUUGCUGGACGACGCGGCCACGCUGCGCGCCUGCGGCCUGCACGACCGCGCAGUUGUGCACUGCCUCGUGCAUCCUAUAAGGACUGCCAAUCAGCCGCGCGCUACGCAAGAGGAGGGGCAGAAUACGACUCACGAGCUGAUUACGGAAGGGCAUCACCCCGAACGCGCUUGGGACCUGGAGAACAUACUCAUGACACUCGUCUCCGUCGCGCUAACCGUCGUCUGGUUCUUCAGAUGCGAGUAUUCGAACAUGUUCACGGCGAGCGCGAGUGUGGCGUUGUUCGGGCUGACUGUGUUCUACAGCGUGGCGAUUUUCGGCUUGUAUCUCUCCGAUACGUUUCACUUCGACCGUCGACAGGCGCCCGUCAACGCGCCGCCGCCGAUGCCUAACUAAACCGAAGCACAGUAUCCGGCAGAAUAUAAUGCGUUUCAAGCUUAAGAAAGAGACAACCGGAUAGUGUCGGCUUCGUAGAGCGUUCAUCUCUGUCGGUCGCUAACAGUCCCGUGUAUGACGCUGUUAGUACAAUUAAGAUCUUUUAUAAUUAAAUAAUAGUCAAAAUCUUGCAAAUGCAUUUUCGGUUUCGUCUUUUUCGGAGAUGUUAAAUGAUGAACGUGUUUCAGUUCCGACUUUGUUUUUUUUAAGUUCUUGAAUUUUCUGUAGCAUUUGCUACUCGCUUGUGAACCUAUUAAAUCUCUAUUCGACUAGAAGCGUACUCUAUCGAACUCGUAUAAUGACUGACGGUUCACUGACAAAACGUCACAUGUCAGAUAAAGCUUGAAGGAGCCGAAAUUAACCGAUUGUCUCUUUCUCAAACUCGAUGUGUAUUAUUUUCUGCCGGAUACUGUACGGAGAUUCGUGCUACAGAUUUUUAGUCGGAAUGAUAAGAGAACAGUAGGACAAUCUUCAUGUAAGUGCAUUGGAUAGAGCGGGAUGACAUCAAGAGCUAAGUUAAUUUAGCUUAGCUGGGAUAGCUGACGCAGUUUUGAAUAUAAUUUGCAGUCUGCACACAAUUUUAUAAAACUGCGUCAGCUACCUAAGAUAUACUAACGUAGCUUAGUUCCUGGUCUGCAACCCGCUUUAGGCGAGCAAUAUCUGAAUUGCUUUACUAAAUAAAUUGUUGAAAUAUGAUGAGAGAAUCUAUGUACGUUGUAGAGCGCUCGUGUUUAACCAGGCUUAUGUCUAGAUGACCACUGUUCUCUUUACACUUUGACUAAAGUACGACUCAUGUAAAGGUCUAUUUUUGAUCGGACCGGGAUGACGAAACCCCAAUGGAAUUUAGUCGACCUAACGUGUCCUUAAAAAUUGGAUUCGCCUUAAAUUAUGUUUGUAUCAAAGUAAUUAUUGUUUGCACAAACAAUAUAUUUAAUAUCCGGGGAGUCCGGGGCCUUAUUUUUGAAUCGCUCGCUUUCAACUCACGUUCGAAAAUAUAUUAUCUAUUUCACGUAGCACAUAAGAACUUGUCAUUUGCAAGAUGAGACGAGGUACAUAUUUUAGCACGCGAGUUGCCGAGUCGAGCGAUUAAAAAAAAUAUACAUAUAACCUUUAUGAAGUUUUUAUAAGGUCCCAGAUGCAAUUUUAAUGCCGUAUAAAGCUAGUUUUAAGUAUUUAUGACUUGUGUCUGAUUUUUUUUCAAAAGGAAGUCUGUUUUGUUGACGUUUUCAUUAGUCUUAAUGUUUCGUAUUAGAUGCGCUUACGCCAUCCCGGUCGGUUUCACGGGUAUGUCUGUUAUACUAACAAAGAUUGUUGUAUUCGAUCCCGGUGGGGGUAUUCAAGUAUAGUAUUGUACGUACAAUACAAACCACCCAUGCAAAACAGUUUGAUAAAUACUCGCGUCCAGAUUCAUUGGUUUCGUGGUAAUUUAUGUUUCGGGCAUUCAUUCUUAUAUGUGAAGCAUUCAAAACAAUUCUCCACGUCAUCGAAUACAACAACACUAAUGUGUAAUGAAGUGUCGAUUUCGAGCAACAUCUGUAGUUGUGAAGUGAACGUUGAAGACUACUUCAAUGGUGUAAUGCAAACACUUGAGUGUUCUUAGAUUUUUGGUCUUGUGUAGAGGCAGUGAAAGUAUAUAUAGGCCCUUUUUAUAGUACAUAUCGGCUGAUGUCGUAGGAAGCCAAUAUGUACGAGUAUUUGGAGAAUAGUCUGAUUGUAAAGUAGAAAAUGUGAAGGCUAGGCGUGGAGUGGUGUUAGCUGGAUAUGUUUUACAGCUUAUUAUUUAUAAUAUGUAUGUUUUAUAGCUUGCACAAAGUGUAUAGUACUGUGAGACCCGUGUAUAAAUCAUUGCAUUACCGUCCUUUGGCACACUAGUUAUGGAAUGUUUAUUUCAUAUUAUCCGAAAUCAGUGUUGUAUAUGGUCUCAGCAAAAAUGUAAAUAAAUUAGGUUAUGUAUUGUUUAUAUUUAUUUAGAUGUAAGUGCGGAUAAUUCGAGUUCAUACCAAUAAGUUAAGAUCUGUAAUUUCAAGUUUGUCAAAUGUAUAGGCUUUCCAAAUUUUAGUGAUCAAUCAUACAUAAUAUCUACAUACUUGAUGAUUUUCUAUGCUACUGAAUAUUUUUAUUGUUAUUUACUUUUUAAGGUCAUAGAAUUAUUAAAAUUUUAACUGAA